UCGUGGAUGGCAAUGGCAUUGGCAAAGAACGGAGCCAUCUCUCUCUCUCUCUCUAAUAUCUCUUUCGCUCUAGGGAUGUAGUUAGCUGACGUGGACAAACUGAUCCCCUUCUUCGCUUCAGAGAUGAAGCCCACCGCGCAUGGGCUCUUCGCUUCUCAACCACCACUCUACUGUCCUCUCCGCCGCCGUCUCUCUCCGGGAUUCCAUGCCCCUCACCUUCCCAUCUCCGUCGCUCCUGCGAAUUCUCGGCGCGUCGUGGCUCUUUCCUCCUCCGAUGAUGAUGAUCACGAUGGUGCUUGCUCUCGCCGCGCAAUUCUCCUCGCGCCGCCGCUCCUCGCCGCUGCCGCUUCGUGGUUGCUUCAGCCGCCUGACUCCUCCGCCUCAGGAGAUGGCUCUUCCGCCGCCGCGAAUUCUCCUGCCUCUCCUGUGGAAUCAGCCGCUCCUCCUCCUCCACCUGCUCCUACUGCUCCGCCGCCGGAAGAGGCGAUAACCUCGAGGAUCUAUGACGCGACAGCUAUCGGUGAGCCGAUGGCGUUGGGGAAGGACAAGAGGAAGGUGUGGGAAAAGCUUAUGAACGCGAGGAUUGUGUACCUUGGCGAGGCCGAGCAAGUGCCUACCAAAGACGACAAGGAGCUCGAGCUUGAAAUCGUCAAGAACCUGAGGAAACGAUGCCAGGAAAACGAGCGUCAGAUCUCUCUGGCUUUGGAAGCAUUUCCUCUUGAUUUGCAGGACCAGCUGAAUCAAUACAUGGAUAAGAGGAUGGAUGCGGAGACAUUGAAGUCUUAUGUCUCGCAUUGGUCAGCACAACGCUGGCAAGAAUAUGAGCCUCUUUUAAACUACUGCCGAGAUAACGCUGUUAAGCUUAUUGCUUGUGGCACUCCGCUCAAGGUGUUAAGAACUGUCCAAGCGGAGGGUAUCCGUGGUCUUUCAAAGUCUGAACGUAAAUUAUACACUCCUCCUGCUGGUUCAGGCUUUAUCUCAGGACUUGCUUCGUUCUCGCGUAGAUCGACGCUUGAUAUGUAUCCCCCGACGCAGAUUGUUCCAUUUGGACCAAGCUCUUAUUUAUCGGCACAAGCAAGAGUAGUUGAAGAUCAUACAAUGUCCCAAGUUAUUUUACAAGCAAUUGCAGAUGGAGGUGGGACUGGUCUGCUGGUAGUGGUGACAGGUGCUAGCCAUGUUGAGUAUGGAUUACGAGGGACAGGUUUGCCAGCGAGGAUCUCCAGGAAGAUUCCAAAGAAGAAUCAAGUUGUUGUACUACUUGAUCCUGAGAGACAGUACUUGCGACGAGAGGGGGAAACUCCAGUUGCUGAUUUCUUGUGGUAUUCUGCAGCCAGACCCUGCAGCAGGAACUGCUUUGACCGAGCUGAAAUUGCUCGAGUAAUGAAUGCAGCUGGUAGGAGACGAGAUGCCCUUCCCCAGGACCUGCAAAAAGGAUUGGACCUUGGUUUGGUGUCCCCUGAAGUUUUGCAGAAUUUCUUUGAUCUGGAGCAAUCUCCUGUUAUUUCUGAGCUUACUCAUCGUUUCCAGGGUUUCCGGGAAAGGUUGUUGGCAGAUCCAAAAUUCUUGAAUAGAUUAGCUAUUGAAGAGGCUAUAUCAAUAACAACCACGCUUUUAGCACAGUAUGGGAAACGGAAAGAGAAUUUCUUUGAAGAACUCGACUAUGUUGUUACUGAUACAGUGAGAGGAAUAGUGGUUGACUUUUUCACUGUUUGGCUUCCUGCUCCCACUCUGUCUUUCCUUUCAUAUGCUGAUGAGGCAAAUGGACCUGACAGCAUAGACGCCUUAAGAGGCCUCUUAGGAUCCAUACCUGAUAAUGCAUUUCAAAAAAGUCUUGCUGGAAAAGAGUGGACAGUGAAUCUUAGAAUUGCUUCGGUUGUCGUUGGUGGCCUGAAGCUUGCUAGUGUUGGAAUUAUUUCCAGUAUUGCAGCUGUGGCCGCUUCAAAUGCUUUGUAUGUAGCACGAAAGUUCAUCAAACCAGAGUUAGCCGUUGCUCGGCAACCUAGGAGGUCUCCUAUUCUGAAAACAGCAAUUGUGUAUGGAAGCUUUCUGGGAACUUCUGCAAAUAUUCGUUAUCAGAUAAUUGCUGGAAUAAUAGAGCACCGCAUCUCUGAUGAGCUUUCUUCUCAACCUCUACUUGUAAAUAUACUUUCCUUUGUUUCCCGGACAAUUAAUUCCUAUUUUGGAACUCAGCAAUGGAUUGAUCUUGCUCGCUUUACUGGCCUGCAAGCACGAAAAAGCAUCCCAGCCUCUUAUGAUAUGCCGGAGUCUUCAAACCAACCUAUCGUGGAAUGCAGUUCUACUGAAGAGACAAGUAUUGAUGAUCUCAAGAAUCAAUGACGUAUCCUAUUAGGUACUCGCUAGUACUUGUUUACCGAAAGAUUUUGUUUCAUAUUGAGGGGAAAUAACCCUUCAAAAGCGGAGUUGUAUGCUUGUAUUUCUGCUUCUUGGGAAAAAUGGUUAUCACUUCCAGUAUAGUUUCUUCUAGAUCCC